GGGAGAGCGCGAGCUGCGCUGCGCGGAGCAAACAGCGCCGAGCCGCCGCCGCCUCGCCAGCCGCAGCAGUAGCAGCAGCGACCGUGCACGCCCGGGCUGCGAUCGCAGCCGCGCUAACGUGAGCGCCCGCCGCCGCCCUCGCCACCCGCCUGCCCACUCCCGCUGCCGCCGGGGCUCUCGCUUUCUCCCCGGCCUCCCUUCGAUCAUUCCCCUCCCCCUUCCCGGCACACUCGGGGGGUUGGGAACGAGCUGCCAUGUGAUGCGUGUCCUCUCCUCGAGCUUUCGGUGACCCUCCGAACCGCCCACCGCGCCGGCCUCCGGGAGGGGGCUGCGGGCUGGGAAGACGCGGGGAAGAGGAGGCGGAAAAGAACGCAAAGUUCUCUGGUGAGUGCAGCUGUCUGCUUCAGGAAGUGAGCUCUACAGGAACAAGGAGAAUCUUCACGAACAGCCUCGCCUUGUGACAUGUCUGAUUCCUCGCUUCAGUCCCUGCAGCAUGAACAAGGUGGACACUCACUAACCUGUCACAAGGGUGCCCCACAAAGCUUUGGGGUCCAUGUCUGAAUGGAUUGCUGUAGCCUUCUCAUCUCUCCCUUCACCCAGUUCCCUGUAUCCUAAGACUCGAAGCCAGCACAGGACCUGGAAAAAUUACAUGGUGUGAACGGCAUGUCUGUGGAUGAGAAGCCUGACUCCCCCAUGUAUGUGUAUGAGUCCACAGUCCACUGCACCAACAUCCUCCUGGGCCUCAAUGACCAGCGGAAGAAGGAUAUUCUCUGUGACGUGACUCUGAUCGUGGAGAGGAAGGAGUUCCGGGCCCACCGGGCUGUGCUGGCUGCAUGCAGUGAAUACUUCUGGCAGAUGCUCGUCGGACAGACGAAAAAUGACUUGGUGGUCAGCUUGCCUGAGGAGGUCACGGCCAGGGGCUUUGGGCCGCUGUUACAGUUUGCGUACACCGCCAAGCUGUUACUCAGCAGAGAAAACAUUCGUGAGGUCAUCCGCUGCGCCGAGUUCCUGCGCAUGCACAACCUGGAGGACUCGUGCUUCAGCUUCCUGCAGACCCAGCUCCUGAACAGGGAGGAUGGCCUGUUUGUGUGCCGGAAGGACACGGCCUGCCCGCGCGCACACGAGGACCAUGAGAACUCCGCGGGAGAGGAGGAGGAGGAAGAGGAGGAGACGAUGGAUUCAGAGACGGCCAAGAUGGCUUGCCCCAGGGACCAGAUGCUUCCAGACCCCAAAAGCUUUGAGGCCACCACCAUCCCAGUGGCAGAGAAGGAAGAAGCUUUGCUGCCCGAGUCCGAUGGGCCGACGGACACCAAGGAGAGCUCUGAAAAGGACGCGUUGAUGCAGUACCCCCGAUACAAAAAAUACCAGCUUGCAUGUACCAAGAAUGUCUAUAACGCAUCAUCACAUAGUACCUCAGGUUUUGCAAGCACAUUCAGUGAAGAUAACUCUGGCAAUAGCCUCAAGCCAGGGCUUGCCAUGGGGCAGAUAAAAAGUGAGCCGCCCAGUGAAGAGAACGAGGAAGAGAGCAUCACGCUCUGCCUGUCCGGAGAUGAGCCUGACAUCAAGGACAGAGCCGGGGAUGUCGAAAUGGAGCAGCGGAAGCAGCCCAGCCCCGCCCCUGCCCCCACCCUCCCCACCGGGGCCACCUGCCUGGAGAGAUCCAGGAGCGUGUCCUCUCCCUCCUGCUUAAGGUCUCUAUUCAGCAUAACAAAAAGUGUGGAGCUGUCUGGCUUGCCCAGCACAUCUCAGCAGCACUUUGCCAGGAGUUCCGCGUGCCCUUUUGACAAGGGCAUCACUCAGGGUGACCUUAAAACUGACUACGCCCCUUUCACGGGGAAUUAUGGACAGGCCCAUAUGGGCCAGAAGGACACGCCCAACUUCACGAUGGGGUCGCCCCUCAAGGGGCCUGGGGUGGAGGCUCUCUGUAAGCAGGAAGGAGAGCUGGACCGGAGAAGUGUGAUCUUCUCCUCGAGCGCUUGUGACCAAGUGAGCACCUCUGUGCAUUCAUAUUCUGGGGUAAGCAGUUUGGACAAAGACCUCUCUGAGCCGGUGCCAAAGGGUCUGUGGGUGGGGGCAGGCCAAUCCCUACCCAGCUCACAGGCCUACUCCCAUGGUGGGCUGAUGGCUGACCACUUGCCAGGAAGGAUGCGGCCCAACACUAGCUGCCCGGUGCCAAUCAAGGUCUGCCCUCGCUCACCCCCCUUGGAGACCAGGACCAGGACUUCCAGCUCAUGCUCCUCCUACUCCUACGCAGAGGACGGGAGCGGGGGCUCCCCCUGCAGCCUCCCUCUCUGUGAAUUCUCCUCCUCACCCUGUUCCCAGGGAGCCAGAUUCCUUGCCACAGAACAUCAGGAACCAGGCCUGAUGGGAGACGGAAUGUACAACCAAGUCCGACCCCAAAUUAAAUGUGAGCAGUCUUACGGAACCAACUCCAGCGAUGAAUCCGGAUCAUUCUCGGAAGCAGACAGUGAGUCGUGUCCUGUGCAGGACAGGGGCCAGGAGGUCAAACUUCCCUUUCCUGUAGAUCAAAUCACAGAUCUUCCGAGGAACGAUUUCCAGAUGAUGAUUAAGAUGCACAAGCUAACCUCAGAACAGUUAGAGUUCAUUCACGACGUCCGACGGCGCAGCAAGAACCGGAUCGCAGCCCAGCGCUGUCGCAAGAGGAAACUAGACUGUAUUCAGAACUUAGAAUGUGAAAUCCGCAAAUUGGUGUGCGAGAAAGAGAAGCUGUUGUCAGAGAGGAACCAGCUGAAAGCGUGCAUGGGGGAACUGCUGGACAACUUCUCCUGCCUUUCCCAGGAAGUCUGCCGAGACAUCCAGAGCCCCGAGCAGAUCCAGGCUCUGCAUCGGUACUGCCCCGUCCUCAGGCCCGUGGGGCUCCCUGCACCCUUAGGCGUUGAGCAGAACCUUGCCACCCCGCAGUGUGCAGUGGGGGAAACCGUGCCCUGCUGCUUGGAGCAGGGUGCAGCUCCCCAGGGGCCUCCCUGGGCCCCCACCAACGCCUCAGAGAAUUGUACUUCUGCCAGGAGGCUGGAAGGCCCUGACCCAGGAAACUUCUCAGAAAGAGGACCUCCUCUUGAACCCAGGAGCCAAACGGUGACAGUGGACUUCUGCCAGGAAAUGACUGAUAAGUGUACGACUGACGAACAGCCCAGGAAAGAUUACACCUAGUGACAGCCUGCCUCCCAGUUCUCACACCUCUCCCACCCAGGUGUUCUUCGGUCAGCCUGUGGCGCCGUUCCUCUGUUGUCUAGAAGAACCGAGAAGAAAUUUGGUGCACACUACAGCGGUCUUAGCAGCAAUACUGUUUCUAAGUAUUCCCUCCUCUCUUCACACAGGAGUGAUAGUUACCUUCACAAUGGUGCUACCCCUUGCUCCGGCAAGGAAAGACGACAGUGAUGACACUGUCUGUCUGUGGGUUAAUUUCAAUCUUAACAGGGAUAGACUAGAACACCUCUAGGACCCAACCACGGAUUUUUUUCUCAGUGGCCCAUGUCACAAACCCUAUCUCAGGAAUUUCUUCUGAAUGUUCAAUUUUUUUCAUUGAAGACAGCUUCUAUACACAUCAAAGUUUUAUAGCUAGACUGUACAUAUUAUAUAUAAUAUAUAGAUAUGAAAUAUAUAUAUCUCCAUAUGCAAAAGUCUUGCAUGCCUCAAUUUUCUCAUCCUAUAACUGGAAACUUCAUUUCUCAUUUACAUACAGGUUCCAACAUUCCUCUUCUUUUGUCUCUGAUGCUAGAACUAGUUUGACAACUGUUAACAUGGUCAUUUUUCUUGCUUCCCAGUUCAACUUCACUUUGUACUUAUUUAUGGAUAGAAUUCAAUGUUGGAAGCUUUUUUUGAGGUUUUAUUUUAGACAACCUGUUUUUUUGUUUGUUUGGUUUGGUUUGGGCACCAUGAGAUGGUGUCGAUUAAGUAUUGUGGGUUUGUUUGUUUCUUGCAGAUACUGUACAGUCAUGGUCAACUUUGCCACUUGCACUGAGUUUUGGGUCAAACCUAUUUUCUUAAAUGAAGUUGUAACUUCAGUAUAACUCAAGUAUACUGUAUAUUCUUUGCUUUUAGUUAAAAAAGUAAAACAUUUUAGCUAACUAAAAACCACUCAGGUGAUAAUGAUGUAGGAAAAACAAUCUUGCCAAAUAACGAAUUCAUCCUAGGAUGUGUCGACAAUAAUCUGCUUGAAUAUUUUUAUAUUUCACCUCCUCCCCACCUGUCCCUAAGCAAAGUUGAAAUGCAUAGAGUUCAGAGUUGAUGCUGGAUGUUCAGAUUCCUAAGUGGGGAGAGAGUUUGGGCAUCUUAUGCGAAAGUGCAUCAAAACAGUAGACAUCCAUGAUUUUUAUACCAGAACUCAGCAGGCAUUGGCUCCUAGAAAUCAAGUUAGAACUGUUUUCUCACGGGGGGGGGUGGGUGUUAAGUCCCAUUCAUUUCAAUGCUUCGUCAGGCCUCGCUUGCUCCUGGAAGGGUAGCGCGCAGUAGGACCUUCUCCUUUGGAGGACUUGGCUGAUGAGCCACCCGGCUUCCCUGCCCGGACCGGCCUCCCAGGAGAACUCACCUAAGGGGAUUUGAACAGCUUCCCCCCUCCCGGGUACUGCCUCUGUCUGGCUGUCCUGGGUGAAUGCAGCUCACCCAGUGUUGGAGAGAGCAGGGCAGGUGUGAGGCUGAGGUCUGUCCCUGAUGCAGACAAAAGCGUUUCUUUUUCCUUCCCUUCCUUCUCCAAAUGCUUUGAGUUGAAUUCUGAGGUUUUCCACCAGUCUCUUGUCCGAAGGGAGAUUUCAUUCUGAGGCUUUGGACAAUGAUCUGGCCAGGAGCCCUCCCUGCCCCGCCUCCACCAUACGCACACACCUACCCUCACCUGAUGAUACGUUUCUUCUCUUGCUGCAAAACUGGUUGGUUGGCUUGCAUCCCACAGAGAGCAGCUUCCCUUGGCUCUGGGGGCGCUUUGGCCCCUGGCCACGUUUACAGGAAGGUGUGCCCAGCGAGGUCCUGCAGCCAGCCUCAGAGGAGGAGGAAUCAGCUCCCUCCCUCCAGUGGGCCCUCCAGCCUGGCUGUGGGAAGAGUCCCGAAGGGUUUGAUGUGGGGGUGGGGGGUGGGCAGUGGGGACUAGAUGAUUGACUUUGUUUCUUUAUUUGUGCCAUUGUUUGGACAAUAGUAAAGCUGCAUGUAAAAGGGGGAAUUAGUAUAGGAUGUAGGAGAAAAGUGAAAUCAUAGAAACAUAUGUUUUAGUAUUAACUUUUUUCUGUACAAAUAUUAGCGCUAAAUGUUUAAAUAUGUAUGAAUGCCAGAAAUGUGUUGGUUCAUGCGGUAGGUUUUUAAAAAAAAAAAAAAGGAAAAAAAAUAGGCUUUUCUUUUAAACUUGUUUCACUUUUAAAACCUGCCUCUGGGUUUUCGUUCUUUUCUCAUGUGUGUAGGUAUGUGUGUGUGCUUGUCUGAGACAGAUUUCAAUAAAGCUCUGUUGGAGCUACCGUUUUUAUGACGGUUGUUGGAAUUUCUUGGCCUAGUAGACCGUUCUGUGCUUCACAGUUGAGGUUGGCCUUUAUGGAAAACUGGUGACAGCUCGAAUUUAAACUCAAUGUGAAUCACAUGAUCCAUCACAGGUAUGUGUUAUGGUGGAGUCGGCCAACAGUAUUUUGUUUCUUAACUCUCUUGUUGCCUUUUUUUAAGUGACCUCCUCUUCUUUUAAAAAAGGAAUGUUUUCUGCUCAAAUCAUCACCAGGUCCAAACCACCUUGUUGGCGUGAUUUACCCUGGUAACAACUCAAGUGCAACUGGUAGUCUUGACCACAUUCCGUCCAUCCCCCUCGCUGUGGUUGGGGCUGCACACACCUACCUGUGUGGCCGCCGUUUCUGGGAGGGAGGGGUCUCUUUCUCUCCAUCCUAACUCAGCCCACAUCCUCCUCCUGCCAACACCCGCCUCACUUUUAUUCCUUUCCCAGCCGAACACCCCUGCCCUGGGAACUGUUUAAAGAUACUGCUUGAAAAACUGUCUUUCGAUUUCUUAAGAGAUUUUGAACAAGUUGUUGCGAUUUUCUUCAUUAUCCACCAUGAACAGCGACUGGCUUUGUGCAAUGUGAUAUGUCUGUGUCUGUUACUGCUCUAAACCAUGUGUUUGUCAAAACUAUUUCUGAGUUGAUUCAAAGGAAGGACUAGCUGGGGACCAGAAUCCAAAUGGCCUCAAGUGGAAUUUUAAACAACAGCUGUCUCCUGGGAUCUCUUGGUGGCACUGGUCUUCUAUGAAAAGGAAAAGCAAGUUAACAGCAAGGAAUAGUGUUUGCACAGCAUGGUGACAGUUAGUUGUGUUUUUUAGAGUCUUCCUUACAAAAAUAAAGGACCCUGCAGCCAUGGACUGUUUAGGGUGAUCCCAGUGACAGCUGAGUUGGGUCCCUAAAUGUCUGGGGUAGGCAUGGGUUGUAGAUGGCCCUGUGGCUGGUUAACAUCUGCCUGAAUCUAGUCCUCCCCUUGGAUCUACCUUUGUUCUACUUGUGUCUCCAGACGACCUCACUUCAUUCAGGUUGGUCAGGCUUUGGGCAGGUGAGUGCUUUGCUGUAUGUGUUUGUUUCUCUGCGUUAUCUGGGGGUGCCUUGAAUAAUUGAACUUCAUUACAUACUGAUUCUGGAACAAAACAGUUGGAUAAAAGAAAAAAAAAAAAGCUGGCGAAGUUAUUAGGCCUUCCUACUACUUCUCUUCCUGGUUCCCUAACAAUGACUCAGGCGUCAGAGGGUGAUGCUGCAGUAGAAAACGUUAUUUUGUAUAUUGUACAAGUAAUUUAUUAACUGUCUUUCUAACAGUAUGCUGCUUUUAAGAUGCACUAUUAUUUGGGAUUUAAUCCUUGUAGUGCUUUCCCAAGGAAGUAAAAAAGAAAAGCAAAACAAAAGGCUAAUGAUUAGUAUGCCAACUGCCACUUCUUAAAAAGGAGGGCAGGGAGCAGCCAGAGGACUUGCAUGAGAAGACUGCUCAAAGUCAAGUGGGCACAAUGUGAAGUUCAAUGCUGUUGUCAAGAGCUCUAAACCUACACUUACUCUUUGAAUACUUUACGAUUGCCAUUAAAGAAGAAGAAACAAACAAACAAAGAUGUGAAAAAUUCUAAGCCUUUUAAGAACCCGCCAGAUCCUGCCCCUAUGAGCUGUGGAGGUGCAUGAUGCUCUCAAAAUGAGGAAAAGCCUGAAAAGCUCUUUCAAAUCUCUUUUUGGCUAUCUGGUUCGAUACAUUAUACCCUUAAUAAAUGACUUCAAACUGCUCCACUAUUGCUUACAGCUUUGGAGGAGUCACCGAUCUAGAAGGGAGCAAGAAUCAAGUUUUGUACUCAAAAUCACUGUAAAUAGACUAAGGAACCUUUAAAAUAUAUAUAUAUAUAUAUAUAGCUGUUCACUGGAUCAUGAGUUAGUGUUUCUUCCCAGAACUGAGGAUUUUGAUGCAGGUUGUUUCUGAUCGGUCCACAGUGCAGCCCCAUGUGGCGUUGGUUUCUGUGCAGAAGUCUGUGUGCGUGGAGGCAUCCUGUGUUCACGCUGUAUGUUCUUAAUACUACCCGAGCCAUCUCAUGACCCAAGCAUCCGAGAUUGAUGCUGCAGAAUAGACUAUACUUGUACACAGAUAGUGUGUGCAGGUAGUAUUUGUACAUAGAAAAGACUUAUUGUGGCAGACUGAGGAUAAAUUAUUCAAUCGACGGUGCAAAAACAUUUCUUGCAAAGAAAAGUAAGUGUAUAGUAUUUUCCUACACUCCACCCUGGGAGAUAGUAUUUAUAUCAAAUGAGUAUCAGUGUAUUUUAAUUGUAAUAUGAAAAUGAUGCUGCCAUUUGUGAAGAAUACCCUCUUGGUUGCAGAGGCCCACUUUUGUAGCUUUGAUACCAUGUUGUGGCAUGGUGUACGCAUUUCACUAUUAAGCAAUGGAUAAGCAACUCAGACUCUCAUUUUCAUUCCAGUUUAUUGACCUCAGAUAAAACAGUGGCCCUCCGUAGAAGCAGAAGUGCACCAAGACCAUUCAUUUCAGGUAGAUGCUCAUUCGAUGCCAAACGGGGGUGAUCAGACACGUGUAUCAGGAAGGAAUGAAGGGACUUGGACAAAGAAGGUGUUUUUGUACAGAUGGAUGCUAAGUCUUCUACCAAAACAUGUCUGCAGGCAGAGGGGUGACCCUGCUUGAGUCCUAAGGCAUUUUGCAGGUGGGAAUGCUGGGGCGCCCAUUCACGCUCUGACGUAAAGGACCUGCCACUUCUAGUGAGUGAUCAGGAAGACUCCAGAUGUAUUGGGGAGCUUCAGGUGCUGGUUAGACACAGUGAACGGUUCGCAGCAAGCACCACCUUGGCUUGUGAGGCCCAAAGAGCCUGUGAGAAUUUGUUCCAGAACCAGUCUGAUGCAAGUGCACCUCUAAUAUAUGCCUUACAAAUUCCAGAGGCCAUAUUCAAAACAGGGUCUUCUCAGUGUAUGCAAGGGGCUGCAGCCCCUCUUCUCCUCCUCCCCAGGUCGAACAAUACGGACAGUUUUCACACAUAUCUACCUGUAUAACCCUCUGUACCUCUCAUAACUGGUCAACGACUGUAACAGGUUACAUCAGGUGUUUUUCUACAUACUUUUUACACAGAUUCUAUGCGAUUAAUGUAACUUAAUUCAAUGCAUCAUUUUAUUGUACUAGUUCUUAGGCUUGUCUUUUUUUUUCUAAGUGAUUGUGGUUUUUCUUGUGGUUUUUAUUGUAAGAUGAAAUGGCUGUUGAUGCUUAUUCUCUGUAACUAAGAAUUUUUACCUUUUUGGGGAUAAAAAAGCAUUGCUAUGAACUAAUGAAUUGAAACUUCAUUUACUUGUUGUAAAUACACUAUUGUGCAAAAAAAAUUUUACUCAUUUGAAUUGCUAGUGUUAACUGAAUUUUGUCUAGACACCAUUUCUGUUUAUGAAAUAAAGACAUAUCAUUAUGCAUUGUAAACGGAC